CAUGCUUGUCUGGGAGUUGUGUGGGUGCUUGUGUGUGUGCUUGUGUGUGUGGCAAGUGCAAAGGAGGGGGUCACACUCUUCCCGAACCAAUCACAAUCGAACCCGAUUGUUCCGGUUGGGCUCCGAAACAGUAUAAAGACCCGGCAGGGACGAGGCAAAGACACAUCGAAAGGAGAAGAGCAGAAGAACCAGCAGCAGUUCAGCCAGAAGAGCAAGCAAAGGGCCACGACAACUUGACCUAUUCUUUCAGCUGAAGCGAAAAACAGAAAACAACAGCAGAACCAUGAAGACCUUCGCCAUCCUCACCCUCUUCGCCGUGCUGUCCGUCUGCCUGUCCAACCAAGACAUGGCCAUGGAGGCUUCCUUUGACCCUGAAGCAGCUGCAGCUGCGGCCCCCGACGCCUCGGCCUCCUCCUCGGCCUCAGACUCCUCUGCCUCCGAUUCUUCAGCCUCCGACUCUUCCGCCUCCGACUCCUCCGCUUCUGACUCCUCCGCCUCGGAUUCUUCAGCCUCCGACUCCUCUGCCGCCGAUUCCUCGGCUUCCGACUCUUCUGCCUCCGAUUCCUCGGCUUCUGACUCCUCCGCCUCCUCUUCUUCCUCCUCUUCCUCUGAGUCUACUGAAGACGCUACCACGGCUGCCCCUGAGGUGGAGGUGAUCGUGAGGAAGAGGGACGUGGCCGCUGCCCUCCUCAGGAGACACAGGAGAGCCGGAACGCCCGCCGCUGACCUCUCCCCCGUGCAGCUGGAGAGUCUGCAUGAGGUGUGCGAGGUCAACCUGGCCUGCGAGCACAUGGCCGAGACAGCAGGCAUCGUCGCUGCCUACACAGCCUACUACGGACCAGUGCCUUUCUAAACCGCCCCGCACAACCAGGCAGCUAGAGCCUCUGGAAUCUGCUUCUUCCAACAACCCCCUUCCUUUUUUUUGUGAGAGUGCAAGAGAGAAAGAGUGAGUGAUAGAGAGUGAGUGAGUGAGUGAGUGAGACUUUACAAACAGGACAACCACUUUUAUUUCUGACAGUGCCACGAAAAGCAGCGAGUGGUUCCGUCCCCACCGCUUGAGAGCACCCUCAAUGGUGUCGGUGGCCUGGGGGGGGGGUUUAAGUGAUUUUUAGAAGACCCGCAAACGAAACCAGCUCUGCUUUUAGAAACAGCAGGAGCUGCCAGUGCUAAAACACAGAGUAGCGCACUCCUGAGCGUGCUUCUGACCCAGGCCCGUGCACUAUUAUGUGGAUGUGAGGGACAUGAGGCCUGGAAAGAAAUACUGAUGAAAAUAUGGCCUGGGGUUGCUAAAGAAAAGUUAUAUGUUUGCUAAGUUUGGAGCUGAAAGUCUUUCUCUGUGUGUUGCUGUUCGAGGUGUAUUGCUUCUAGGUAUUCUGCAGUUUACUAACCUGAAAGUCAACUCAGUUGAUAUAUUAACUUAUUGAGUUUUACAAGUGACAGUUACUGGCAGUGCAAGCCAUGAUAAUUGUUGCAUAAUGUAAAACUGAAAGGUGCUAUUUCCACUUUUGUGUGGAUUCUACUACCAACUGUACACACUUUGCCUUUGCUAUUUGAAAGUGGGAAAGCUCUCACAGAGAGUGUACUCAUCCAUCCAUGUGAUUGACAGAAGUUGCAGCUGUCAGUUUUCUUAUGUAUUGUUUUUACUAAUGUGCACAUAAUUUGUGUAAAUGUAUACAGUGGAUCACACCACUUUUGCUUGAAUGUUUAUGUCAAUAAAAU